AGGCAGACGUCUAGUAACUUACAUAUCUAUGAUGACUUCCGCUUGACGUGUUACUCAAACGGAAGUGGCGUUGUUCAUCAAUAAACAAGAGGCCGAAAACGUUUCCUUUCUGGACCUGGAAAUACGUGGAACUUUUUAAAUAGUGUGAACGGUCAACUCGCUGACAGACUGAGUGAGGAUCCUCAACCGCCAAGAUGGGUGAGAGGAAAGGAGUUAACAAGUACUACCCUCCAGACUUCGAUCCAGCCAAGCAUGGGUCUCUCAAUGGCUACAGGAACAGUCACCCACUGCGUGAGAGAGCCAGGAAACUCUCCCAGGGCAUCCUUAUCAUACGGUUUGAGAUGCCCUACAAUAUCUGGUGCGAUGGCUGUAAGAACCACAUUGGCAUGGGAGUACGAUAUAAUGCUGAAAAGAAGAAAGUGGGGAAUUACUACACUACACCUAUAUACAGGUUCAGGAUGAAGUGUCACCUGUGUGUGAACUACAUCGAGAUGCAGACCGACCCGGCCACCUGCGAUUAUGUCAUUGUCAGCGGCGCACAACGCAAGGAGGAACGCUGGGACAUGGCGGACAACGAGCAGAUCCUCACUACAGAGCACAGUGAGAAGGAGAAGCUGGAGACUGACGCCAUGUACAAGCUGGACCACGGGGGGCGGGACAAGGAGAAGCUACAGGCCGCCCUGCCCUCCCUCUCCGAGCUGCAGGAGAUGCAGUCCACCUGGAAGGACGACUUCCAGCUCAACAGUGCCCUCCGCAGGAAGUUCAGAGUUGAGAAAAAGGUGAUGGCAGAGGAGGAGGAGAAGGACAAGGUGGUGCGGAAGAGAACAGGUCUGUCCAUCCCACUGCUGCCAGAGAGAGAGGAGGACAAGAGACUAGCAGCUCUGCUGACCUUCCAGAGUCCUGACUCGUACGACGACCGGCAGCAGAGCAAGCGCAAGGAGAUCUCCUUCCGCUCGUGGUUCCGCCCCGCCGGGGGCUCGCAGAAGGGCGCGGCCGGCAGCCUCCUCCAAAAGCUGGCCCUGGCGGGGAAGGGGACCCCCUUGCGAGCGCCGGUCCCCCCCGCCGCCGCCGCCGGCGCCCUCAGCCUCAUCCGCAAGAAGGCCGAUAACGGCGCGCCGCAGGCCUCCGCCACGGCGGCCCGCAGGCACUCUGACCCCGGGGGGACCCAUUUCACCGUCGCGCAGCCCAAACAGGAAGCGGAGGAGGCGGCUGAGAGCGAGGCACGACCAGGUUCGGACGCCUCCGCGUCGGACACUUUGGAAGGGGGUGAAUGCUCUGGAGCCGCAGGGACUUCUGGGAUAGAGGAGGACAGUGAGAAGCACUCGAGCAUUGUGAGGUCUCUGGUUGCAGACUACAGUGACUCUGACUGAACCAGGGUGCUGAGUCAGCCCAGAGGACACAGGGCUGCACUGUACAGUGACUGGUGGGAAGGAACUGGAACUCGAUUUAAUUUUGCACGUGAUCUACUUUCACAGUAUGACUGUACUAAAAUUGCAAAGCUAUGGACAGUGUAAUUAUUAAACAGAACGUUCUGGAAGAGUGGGAUCUCCAAGCCUAUGUGAGGGUGGUAACAGUCUUUCAUCAAAGUGUUUGUCACUGUCUGAGCUCUGUAUGGAUAUCUGUAAUAUACCAUUAAGAGCUCAUGCUUGUGCCAUUCAGAAGCUUUAUUUAAACACACUGUUUGGUGUACUUAUCUUUCAUUGACGGUUUUAAAAAUGUUUUGUGUAAUAUAUUCAGAACAUAAAAGACUUCACAUGUAGGCUUUCUGUGUGGUUUGAAAGGAGAGAGAGAAAUAUAUUGUGACGGAUUGCUCUGAUUGGUCUGUCAGCACCAUGAAACGGGCCUGCAGUUAUCAUUGGGAUUUCAACAUUGGGGCUGUAAAAUCUUAAAUGCUUGAUGAAAAUCCGCUUCAAGAAAGAAAUCAUAUAUGGGGGAUAAUACUUCCUUGUUUUUUUUUCAUUUUUAUCUUUUGCUGAGAACUUAAUUUGCAAAACAACAAAAUUCAGCUGAUGCAGUAGAUGGCUGCACAUCUCCCUCUAGUGGUUGUCGUAAAGUUCACGUGCUUAGUGAAAAACCGACUGUCACUGGCAGUUUCAUGUCUUCCUUUCAACGCCAUGUCUUUUCAAGUCCAGCUAUAGUUAGCACCCUGCUGUACUUCCCAUUGACAGAGUGAACUUUCAACGCCAUGGCGACUUUUCAAGUUAUAGUUAACUUAUAGCUAUAGCUGGAACCCAGCUGUACUUGUAUACAAAUGUCCCUUGUAUGAGAAAUCAAAAGUGCAAGAGUGAAAUUUCUGAGUGAAAUCCUAAAAAUGUCAAUCAAACUAUUUAGCACAUUAUGGCAUGAGGGUACAUGAGGUCUGUGCUUCAUGUUGCUGGCCAUAUCUGGACUUGAGCUCGCAUUUUAUCAGUCAAGCUUACAUUAUGUCAUUGUCAGAAUCCCAUUUGGGUGAACGCAAUGCCUAUGAAUAGCCCUCACGUCUUACACUGUCCUAUGCCUUUUAUCACCUGCACAGCGUCGUUUGCAAAUUGUUUUUUUUUUUCUCCAUUCAUGUUUUUCCCAUUCUUUCUUUUUUAUGGCACUCAGCCUUUGUUCGCUCUUUUCCGUCUCUUUUUAAGCCUUGCCUUCUUCCUCAGUUGCUUGGAUUCUUCCUGCAGCUGGUUCAGCGUUUCCUGUAAGAUGGGCGGAAACGUUAAUUGUUGCGUGCUAAACACGCGGCAAAUUCUGCUAUCGAUUCAGUUCAAACGUCGAUUGUGUACGUAACUCUGAAAAAUGUGUUAGGCGUCACAAACUGGUGACUGGAUGGGCUAAGGGCAAAUUACCUGCACUUUACCUUUAGCUCCCUGAUUUCUCAUUUCGUUAAGGACACUAUGCUUUGGGAUUGCUUUGUCUGCUCCUCCAGUUCUUUCCCUCUAAAAUGUACCAUUUUGCUCAGUUCUGAAAUAGUCCCGCAAAAGAACUCAAAGAGUUUUGUUGUUUGGUUGUGAAGUUUGUUUUCUUUCACUACAAAAAUAAAAUAAAAGUCAUGUCA